CAAGUUAAAAACUUUAAAAUAGGGCAAAAAUUUGGUGACGUCAUAGUUUAGACGGAUGUAUUGUCUCCGAGAUCUGCUUAUAAAUUCCCUUUGCCCUAACAUCUCCAAACACUAUUUUACUCUCUCUCUACUUCGCCCGCCGCUUCUCUCUAUCCUCAAAUUCAUUUUUUCUCCUGCUUGAAGGAUUUGUGAAAGUAAUCUAAAUGAGGGGAAGGAGCUACUCACCUUCACCACCAAGAGGUUAUGGAAGAAGAGGAAGGAGCCCUCCAAGAGGGGGAGGAGGACGCUAUGGUAGAGGAGAUAGAGGUGAUGCUCCAACCAGUCUCUUAGUUCGCAACCUUCGCCAUGAUUGCAGGCCAGAAGACUUGAGGAGGCCUUUUGGACAAUUUGGCCCGAUUAAAGACAUUUAUCUUCCUAGGGACUAUUACACUGGUGAUCCUAGAGGUUUUGGGUUUGUUCAAUAUGUGGACCCUGCUGAUGCUGCAGAUGCUAAAUAUCAUAUGGAUGGGCAAAUUCUGCAAGGUCGGGAGCUGACUGUUGUUUUUGCUGAGGAAAAUAGGAAAAAACCAACUGAAAUGAGAGCCCGAGAAAGAGGAAGUAGUAGAGGCAGCAGUAGAGGUCGCGUUUAUGAUAGGAGGAGAUCCCCACCACGCUAUUCUCGAUCUCCGCGGUAUUCAUCCCGAUCACCACCUCCACGUUAUGCAAGGUCUCCAUCACGGGGCCGUGAUUACUACUCUCCUAAGAGAAGAUAUUCAAGGUCUGUUUCCCCUCAUGAGAAAAGGUACAGCAGAGAGAGGUCGUAUUCACGCUCUCCAGCACGGGAACAGUCCCCCCCUCCAUACGAUGGCCCAAGGAAACGCAGUGCAAGUCCAGUGAGAGAUCGAUCGCCAUUUGGAUCAAGAAGCCGCAGCCAAAGUCCAGGUCAAGGUCGGGGCCGCUCUCCAGUUAGAGCUCCUCCACCUGCUCGUAGCCCCAGUCGUAGCAGAAGCAGGAGCCCUUACCCCGCAGACUAUCCGACUGGACCUGUGAGGGAUAGGUCCCCUAGCCAAUGAGCUAUGCCUGCUGUUGCUCCUUGUAAUAUCUGAAACCUUGUGUUAUUAGAUUAUCUAACUAAAUAGGUCGACUUGUGGGAUUCGGACUUCCAUUGUUUCCAAAAUCUGACUGUUUUUCAUAGUUGCUUUCUUGAAUGUGUUGAUGGGAUUUGGAAUGUUUGACGUCGUACAAUGCAUGUUAUGUCUUUGUUUCA